GCUCAGGACUUACUUACUUGCAGGUUUAUGUCAAUAAGUGACGUUUUGUUUCAGAAAAUAUCUGUCUAUUGAGUAAGUACCCAUCUUUUUGAGUAUUUAAAUGUAGAUAUAGUUGACUUUCUACAUAUACAGGAAGGUGACAUGUAUUUGGCAAAUUGUACUAGACUUAAAAAAAAAUGGGAUUUGUUCACUUUUCUUGACAAAUACUGACACACUUCCAAAUUUUGCUUUGAGUCAUGGAAGGAGAACCAAAGGAUCCAGAGGAAGACUGCGAGACAACUUUAUUGUGGCAAAAAUGCUUUCGGCAAAGAAUCGUGGUGGAUCUCAGUGAGGAUGAAAGUCUCCACCUGAGUGAUUUGCAGGCUUCUGCUUUAGCUUUGCAUCUGUCACAGGCGGAGUCGGCAGUGUCGGAGACCGGCAUUCAUUUCAGUGAUGACAUUGCUUCCAAUCCCGGCAACAAUGAGAAGGCGCCAUCAACAAAGAGUAACAAAUUGCCGAAUGAGAAGCUCCAGAACCGACAAAAUGAAGAAUCUGGGCAAAAUACUAGCGAUGAGGAUCAGGAAGACCUUCCUUAUGAUGGUAACCUUCAAAGUCCCAUGGAUAGUCCUCAGAGUAACAGGACCUCUAAUGGAAGACAAACUGCAACGAAUAAACAUUCCACACCUCGCUGUUCGCUUUCUGAUGAAUCUCCUGUAGAAAAAGAAAACAGAAAAGAGGACGCAAAUGUCAAAAUGGAUGUACAGCUCGCCCAUCCACGAAGUCGACCAAGCGUUGAGAUAAAUCAACUAUUGCUGCGACAUUUUUCCCAGGAGGAGUUGCAGCAAACAGGACGGCUGAUUGAAGCCGAGACACUUCCAGAGGUCUCCCUCUUGGAGAGUUUAGACGACCCUCUCUGUAACACCUCGACAAAUGACAACUCUGGCAUUUCGGAGAUUCUUUCUGUCAAAACCUGUUUGGAGGAGGGCGACAACACACCAUCCGAUCAAGAUGAAAGUGUCACGGCACCAACAAAGUGUGAAGAGUGUGAAGUCCCCAUCAGGAAAGUCUCACAUUUGCGCAGCAGCUCAUUCAGCGAGCUCAAGUACGGCCAGGGUCAAGUCCAUUACCCGCUCCCUGACUUUUCCAAGGUUGCACCGAAGGUGAAAAUCCCAAAGGGUCCCAGUAAUCCAGUUGCGCUUGUUCCCCAAGUUCCAAGACCGAUGAUCCGAACACAGUCCUCCCCGGAAAUGUUAGAGGUGAUCAGCAAGGUCCUCCAGGAUUCAGACCUUCAUUCUUCAGAGAAGCCUCAAGUGCUCAAGGAGACACGUGAGCAGACCAGUCCUGCUCUGGUACAUCACUUAAAGGCUGAAUAUGAUAAACUACUUGCCAAAUAUGUCCGGGCUGAGAAUCUCAUAGACAAAAUGAGGUUAGGAACCAACCCUUCCUCGGACUUUUGCAUGGAGGAUGAGCUGGGAAACUCCAGUGAAGGAAGCCAUGUUGAACCCGCAUCUCCUCUCAUUCCUACACUGGAGAACUUUGAGGAAAAAGUAAACUCAACCAACCAAGAUGAAAUGAAGCUAAACCCAUGUGGUGAAGAUGGUACCAGUGAAGCUGAAAAAAUGACUGCUGAGCUAAGAGCUGUCAUUAGCCAGUUCAUGCAGUCGGUGGAUGACUUCAAGCAGAGUGUUAACAACAUGUCGGUUAGCAUGGAAGAACAGCAAAUGAUUCUCAGGAGCUUGAUGGAAACUCAGGACCAGUUGGAAAGAAAAUACAUGAGCAAGAAGGAAGAACACCGGGCUCUGGAAAUGCAGAAUUAUUUGGGCCUGUGCAGAAAUGUUGGAACAUUUGACCCAAACAGGCUGGUGGAAGGAGAUAUUUUCAGGGUGGGGAUGUACUUGGAGGAUAUUAAGGAGAUAAUUGAUAAAAACAGGCGUGAGCAGGUCAUAUCGCCUUAUUUAGCCUCUCCUUCCAAAGAAACAACUACCAAAAUAUCAGUGAAAGCUUCAACUCCACUAUCGCUACUUGAGGAGUCAAGUGCAACUUUGACCACUGAAUGUUUUACAAUGGAGACAAUGACUGAAGCACAAAAGGAAGACAAGGAUGACACCAGUAAAAAUGAUGGAUCGGAACCAAGUAACGACUCAAUGCAAGUCAGCAACGGGUUUCCUGUUUGCGCGGGGGUCUCAGAGAAAGGACUUCUGGAUGCUGAAGAUGAAGGCAAAGAAGCUGCCUGCUUGGAGGAGAAAUCUAGCCAUGACAAGUGGAGUGGAAUCAGUGGGAGAAGCAGCACACGAGAUGAAGGUGUAAACAGAGAAUGCGACUUUGCUAAAGCUGUGGAGGUCUCCAACUCCACUGAUGUACACCAAUCAUCAUCGCAGGGGAUUGUUUGCAGAGAAACAGAUAGUGGAUUUGGGAGCUCCUAUUUAUCUCAGUCCGGUGGAAUAUUGCAACCUAAUCCUACAGCAGAAAGUGAUGGAUUUACAACUUCAGACAGUGAAGCCUCGUCCAUCAAUCUGCAGACAGCCAUCCAUCCAACGGACGUAAGCGCUUGGCGGCGGGACUCCACGGUCCUAACGCAGCCUGGAAGUUCAACCACGGUGAAAUUGUGGGUGCAAAAUACCGCUAAAGUGUCUUCUCUCAAACUACAUGACCCGCUUGCAAACAAUCACCGCGCUUUUGAACCGAUUCUGAACUCUGCGAUGGAAGUAGAUCAGAAGCAACGCCACAUGUGCAAUUGUAAUAGUGAGGCCAUCCUGACCUUGCAAGUCGAGGUUUCCAGGCUGAAAAAGAACCUAGAAGAACGUCUGCUCCAAUUGCCUCACCUGACAAGAAAACUGGAUUAUCUGAACUCGAAAUACAGGCAAGAUCGUCAGGAACGAAGGACCAAAACUAAAACAAGGACCCAGCACAAACAAGCCAGUUCCAGUCGGUUAAGACUAGAAGAUUGGAUUUCAACAGAUAUGGAUCCCAGCAAGAGCAAAGGUACAGAUAGUGAUUCUUCCAGCUCCGAGAGGAGGCUGCAGUUUGACAGUCGGCCUGUGGGAGGCAGCAGAUUCAUCAGCCAACAGGAGUCGCAGCAAGACAACCAAGAGAGUCUUUUCUUCAAAGACAGACGGUCUUUUGUCCAACCUCAACCCUCCCAAAGACCUCUGCUCCAGGUCAACUACGGCUCUUCCUGCAGUCUACCUGCAAGCUACAAAGUGAAGGAACCGCCACAUCAAGUGAGAAACAAACACCGCAAGCGUUCCACCCAGUCGGACACAGCUCUGUUACCCAGCGAUGUGUACUUUCAACACACUUUGUCCCCUGUAUUCCAAAGUCCUCGCAACAGGAUGGAAAGCAAGGAGGAGGAGAUGAACAGGUCCCUGGACCAAGCUAUUGAGGCCGCCCGCAGCAUGAAAAGGACAACGGACCGCAUGGCUAAGAGAUUGACAGCCGAUCUGGCCAAAGCGCAACUACUCCCGCAGGGGAAUGUGCAAAAUUCAGCCACGAGGGGUCGGGAAACAUCGCAGCAGUUCACAGAAAGAUAGCAAAGCACAUCAGACACUUUUUAAAUAGUACAGUAGUAGUAGUGGGGGAUGCUGGUCUUUCAAGGAGGGGAAGUUCAAAGCGAGGAACGAGAGUACUAGAAGCCAAGUCUCCAAACACAAGCAGCUACAAUGAAAAACACCAGAAAUAGAAGCACACUUUGUUCUGUAGUCGUUUAUAACAAAGCACGUGUCGCUAGCAUGAUUAUGAAGGUCUCCGGUUCAACUCAUGACAACGGAAUGAAAAUUGAAAAAUGCCACCCAUAGAUGUUAAUACGCCAAAAUCACUGAUUCAAUCAAGAAGGUAUUCGGCCACAGUAAGAUCAUCCAAUAAUCAUGCAGAGAAAAAGAGCAAUAUACGUUCAUUCGCUGGCAUCCCUCCUACUUCAAAUGGAUUGGACGUCUAUGGCAGCCAAUGACAGGCAAUGAGUUAAUUUUCUGGCAUUCCAUGUCAUUUCUUGCUGAUUUUUGGUCACUUCCUGUUGAUUUUGGGGUAUUUACGGGUCACUUCCUGUUGUUUUUGGGUUGCCGAAAAGGAAGUGAUGCAAGAAUCUCCCCAAAUGGAUAAUAAGUGACCUAAAAUGAACAGAAAGUGACUUGUAAAUGCCCGCAAAACAUGCUCUGGUUUCAGUUCCAUUUGCAGCGCAAGAAGUCUAAUCUGUUCAAAACGUAUUGGACGUCGAGUGCGGUCAAUGGCAGCCAGUGAGCUAACGUAGACACUAUGCUAAUGGAAGAUUUUUGUAGCAACCCGUUGCUGAUUUUCGGUCACUUCCUGUUGAUUUCGGGACAUUUCUGGGUGACUUGUUGAUUUGGGGGCUUUUACAGAUCACUUCCUGUUGAUUUUGGGUUACCGAAGAGGAAGUGACGCAAGACUGACCUCAAAUGGAAAGGAAGUGACUUAAAAUCAACAGGAAGUCACAUGUAAAUGCCCUAAAAUGAACAGGAAGUUACCUGUGAAAGCCCACAAGACAGACUCUGUGUUCAAUGCCAUUGACGACGAUAGACGUCCAAUCCAGUCAAAAUGAAUUGGAUUUCUAGCGCGGUCAAUGGACCUAUCACAAAAGCCCCGCCACCCGUAAAACUCGGUCAGCCCUAGUCUCUGUUAUAUUCCCUGAGUGACAAGGAUUGAGUGAACAAAUGAUUUAUGAAUGAAUGAUGAAGGGUGUUUACAUUUCUUCAAUUUGCACAACCACAACUGGCAAUAGACAUGUUUUUUAAAAAACGAAAUGUUUUUUUGUGUGUCUUUUGUUUGUUUCAAAGAAUUUCAUCUAGAAGCAGACGGUAUGCAGUGGAGGGGUGUGUCCAUGGUAAUAAACUCUACAGAGAGGAGACCAUUAUUAUAAUCAAGGCAAAAUCUUGCUAUCUAGCUAUACCGUUAGCUACUUAACCUUAUGUCAUGU